UAUAACUCAAAAUAUCGUUUCCUGGUCUCUUUUUCUAAUAGCAAAUCAAGUGUUUAAAAGAAGAUAAUUCUUAAACAUGUAUAUAGAGAAAAAUAUGGAAGGUGAUUCAGUUGGGUAUUUGCAUGGGGAAGUUCGAAGUCUGAAGCGUUCUCUGCACCGCUUCACAAUUGCCGUUACAGUGCUUUCUGUUGUUGUAGUGGCCAUUUUCAUUGCUCUCAUUGCAGUAGGAGCCUCCCAGCACAAUUCUAUUAAGAAUCUCAAGCAGAAAGCUGGGACUAUUGAAGAUCCUAAGGUUGCUUUUGCCACAGGGUUUGGGGAUAGGAACAUUGAGGGAUUUAACUAUGGAGGGAGUUUGUUUAGAGGCAGUGGGUUCUGGUCCACCAGAAAGGCUUUACCAGGCAAUUUGACAGACCAUGCUGCAGUGGGUUACAAUGAGGAGAAUGUAUUCAUAAUUGGUGGAGCCAAUGCUAGUGGGAGUGUAACAAAUGAAGUUUGGAUGUAUGAUGCAAUCUUCCAUAACUACACAAAGAAAGCUCCCAUGCCUGAACCUAGAUACAGAUUUGGUGCAGCUUUGGUGAAUGACAAAAUCUAUGUUGUUGGAGGAAGAAAUAGUUCUGCUGAUGAAAAUGAGGCCAUGACUAAAUCUACCUUCAUCUAUGACAUCCAGAAAGACGCAUGGUCAAAAGGGAAGGAUUCGUUUGAAUAUCACAGUGAUACAUGUGCAGAUUCCUUGGAUGGGAAGGUAUAUAUGAUUGGGGGCUAUGGACAAGAUUACUUGUAUUUGGAUGUGGCUGAAGUCUAUGACCCUGAACAAAAUGAAUGGACAAGGCUUACCAACAUGCCAACUGCUAGAGGAGAUCUUAUGUGUGUUGCUGCUGCUGGGGAAAUUUAUGCCCUUGGAGGGUACUAUAAUAAUCUCGCCAAUCCAAACGAUUCAUUUUCUAGUAAAAUGGAGUCUUACGAUCCUAAGUCUAUGAAAUGGACAUCUCGACCUGAUCUACUUACCCCGCGUGGAGAUGCAGGAAUAGUUUUGCUUCCAGGAGACAAAAUUAUGCUCAUUGGUGGAGAAGGCCAUUACAAAAAUCAGAGUGAUUUUAAAUAUCCAAAGCACGUCAAUGAGGUAUACUAUGUAACAGACCAAACAUGGGUAGAGAAGGCUAUGAUACCAACAGCAAGAUUUAGAACAGCAGCUGCCCAAAUUGGAGGGUUGGCCUAUGUCUUUGGGGGUGCUGACCUCUGUAUAAAUAGCCCUGUUUGCCCUGCACUGGACACUGCAGAGAUUUACUUAGAUGUGGAUCAUCCUCAUGUUUAUAUAUACCUCAAGAAUGAACCUUCCUAUAAUGACAAUGCACCUCUUAGUAUUUAUCCUUUUUGAUAAAAUCAGUAUGAGAAAAGAGACAAUGUCAUCUCCCAUCUAUUUUGCUAAGAGCUCCGUGGAUUCUGCUGAUUAAUAAGAAUAUCUCCUCUCCUCUCCUCUUAACCUAA